AGAAUAGUAAUAAAAAGAUAAAAUAAAUAUUACACUAAUUUUAAUAUUAUUCCGUCGAAAAGAUUUCUUUAGAGUAAAAACGUAGAUAAAGUUUUCAGUGGCUUUUGAAAACAAAAUGCAUAACUCAUCGUCAAAAAAUACGGAGUAUAAUACCAAUUUUGUGAGAAUCCGCAAACCUCCAGGUGGUGAUACUAGUGAUAUAUUUAACUUGGGUACUUUAAUAAGUACAAGGAAUCAAAAUAAGGAAAAUCUCACCGAUUCUGAGAAAACUGUUGUCAUCGAAAAAAUGAAAGCGAGUGAGCGAAACAGUUGCCGAAUAAACUCUCCCAAAGUAUCGGAGUUAGAUCAAGAGAACAUUAUAGUUGUCACCCAUCCAGACGAUGAUUUGGCUGAACACAAUCUGCAUGAUGUUGAGUCUAAUGAAAAUAAGCCAGAUGAAAGUGUGAACGAAGAAUUCGCGGAAAUAUCAUUGGAGGACGAGGAGACAAAAUCUCAGAAUUUUGUUCACCACAACCCUAUAACUGGAGAAGUUAGAAAAUUGAAGGGAGUGCGCCCUAAGCUUCAGGAUUGCUCUAACAAGAUGAAACGUUCAGUGAGCACAAUUGGCCUGGGCUUAGCUCGUCCAAGUAUUCGAGUUCGUCAGCCACCUGGGGGUGUUUCAUCAAAUAUUUUUCAAUUUUAAAUAUGUGUCAAAAUGGAAAAUAGUGAAAACGUUAUUGCCUCACUAGAACAACAACGGCUGCAUGAUAAAACAUUUUGCUUUUGAGUUUUUUGUCAAUAUUAUAUUUUUCUGACAUGCUUGAAAUAUAUAAGACUUCACUAUAUCGCGUUUAUUAGUCUGCAGCAAAAUAAAAAAAAAUGCUGAAUUAUUUUAUAAA